AGCAAUUCCAAGGUGGUUUCCGGGAUCGCGGUGAUGUGGCCCCCCCGUCUCCCUCCCCUUCCCGAGAUGUCGGAAGAAGUCCGACAGAAAAAAUUGGCGGAGGCCAGGAAAAAGUUGAGAGAAUUCCAGCAGCAGCGAGGCAUUAGUGUUCCUUCCGGAGCCAAGAAGAAAAAGAAGAUUAAAAAUGGCAGUAGCCCUGAGACAGCCACUUCUGAUGGUCACUCGCCUGAGGAUAUUCAGGACAUUCUGAAGGUGUUGGUGUCCGACCUUAGCCAUUCCAAUGGGGUAGCGCUCUCCCCAUUGGACAAUUGGAAGGCUCCCAAAGACCACACCGCUCCUGCAGCACGGCCUUCUGAUGACACCAUGUCACCUGCUGGUGUCCUUUCCCCCAGUGCUACUUCGUCAACUCAGAACUAUGAUCCUGAAAAUGUUCCCUUUGUCCUGUCUGAAAGCACAUUCUCAUCUACCGAGAGCCUGCGUCAGCUUUCCCAGCAGCUCAAUGGUCUCGUCUGUGAGUCUGCAUCCUUCGUCAAUGGGGAGGGUCUAGCAUCUUCUGCUAAUAUAAAGGCUCUGGAGAGCCGGUAUCAAGAGCUCUCUCUAGCCCUGGACUCCAGCAAUCUAACAAACAAACAACUCAGUAGCGAGAUAGAGGAAUUGAAACGACAGAACCAGGAAAUUGUGGAUCAACUAGAAAAAGAGAAGCAGGAAUAUAAGCAGAAGCUUGCGAAGGAACAGGGGGCUCUGAGAGAGCAGUUACAGAUUCAUAUCCAGACCAUAGGGAUUCUAGUGUCUGAGAAGACAGAAUUGCAGACAGCCCUGGCCCACACUCAGCAAGCAGCCAGGCAAAAAACAGGAGAGGCCGAGGAUCUCGCUGGGCUCCUGCAGUCUUCCCAGCAGCGCGUCGGCGACCUGGAGCGGACGCUGUGUGCCGUGUCCACGCAGCAGAAACAGGCGGACAGGUACAACAAAGAACUCACCAAAAAUCGUGACGCCCUAAAGCUGGAGUUAUACAAGAACAACAAAACAAAUGAAGACCUGAAGCAGGAGAACUCAGAGCUGCAGGAGAAGCUUCGGGUCUUGGUGACAGACAAGGAGGUCUUGCAGCUCAGGAUGGACGAGCUGCAGAAGAAGCUGGAGAUGUCAGAGCUGCUGCUGCAACAAUUUUCUAGUCAGUCUGAAACCCCUGAUAGCAAGGAGCAGCUGCAGCAGGCCCUGGAGGAGCGGGCCCAGCUGGAGACACGGGUGGAGCAGCUGAAGGAUUUGCUGAAACAGCUGCAGGUGGAGAGAGACCAGUAUGCAGAGAAUCUGAAAGAAGAGAAUGCCAUUUGGCAACAGAAGAUGCAGCAGAUGUCAGAGCAGAUGUGCAAGCUGAGGGAGGAGAAGGAGCACAGCGUGAGUCAGGUGCAGGAGCUGGAGACCAGCUUGGCUGAACUGAGGAAUCAGUUAGCUGCCCCCCCGCCCCAGGAGCCCCCAGCAGGGCCCUCAGAGGUGGAACAGCAGCUACAAGCCAAAGCGGAACAGCUACAACAGGAGCUGGAGACCCUGGCCGGGCAGCUGCGGGCCCAAAUUCAGGACAAUGAAGGUUUGAGUCGCCUGAAUCAGGAGCAGGGCCAGCGACUGCUGGAGCUAGAGCAGGAGGCCGAGCGCUGGGGCGAGCAGGCGGAGAUGCGCAAGCAGAUUCUGGAGGACAUGCAGAGCGACCGCACCACCAUCAGCCGGGCGCUGUCCCAGAACCGCGAGCUCAAGGAGCAGCUGGCUGAGCUGCAGGACAGCUUCGUCAGGCUGACCAAUGAGAAUAUGGAGAUCACCAGCAUGCUUCAGACGGAGCAGUAUGUCAAGAAUGAGCUCGCCAAGAAGUUGGGCCAGCUACAGGAGAAGCUGGGGGAGCUGAAGGAGACGGUGGAGCUGAAGAGCCAGGAGGCUCAGAGUCUGCAGCAGCAGCGGGACCAGUAUCUGAGUUACCUGCAGCAGUACGUGGCCGCCUAUCAGCAGCUGGCCGUUGACAGAGACGCACUGCAGAAGCAGGUCCUGCUGCACUCCCAGCUCCUGGAGCAACAGCAGCAAGAGGAAGUUCAGAGCCAGGAGGAGGCCAAGCUGGCCCGCCAAGAGUUGCAGGAGGCCCAGGGGCUCCUGGAAGCUGUCAACCAGCAGAACCAGCAGCUACAGGCCCAGCUGAGCUUCAUGGCUCUGCCUGGGGAAGGUGGUGGGCUGGAUGAAGAGGAGGAGACAGAGGAGGAGGCUCCCCGGCCACAGCUGAGCAUGCCAGAGGACCUAGAUAGCCGAGAGGCCAUGGUGGCAUUUUUUAACACGGCCUUAGCCAGUGCUGAGGAAGAACAGUCGCGGCUACGCAAGGAGCUGAAGAAGCAAAAGCUACGCUGCCAGUGCCUGGCUCGCCUGGCAGCCCCAUCCCAGCACAAGCUGGAGGAGGAGAGCCCAGCCCUGGGCACUGGGGGGCACAGUGUGCCCGCAGAGACCCACCAGGCCCUCCAGGUGGCCAUGGACAAGCUGCAGAGCCGCUUUACAGAGCUCAUGCAAGAGAACGUGGAUCUGAAGGAGCGGGUGGAGGAGCUGGAGCAUCGCUGCAUUCAGCUGUCUGGAGAGACAGAUACUAUUGGAGACUACAUCACCCUCUAUCAGAAUCAGAGGGCAGUGCUGAAGGAGCGCCACCGCGAGAAGGAGGAGUACAUUAGCCGGCUGGCGAAGGACAAGGAGGAUAUGAAGGUGAAGCUCCUGGAGCUGCAGGAGCUGGUGGUCCGCCUGGUGAGCGAACGUAAUGAAUUGUAUGGCAAGUUCCUGGGGGCUGCCCAGAGCCCUGCUGGGGAGUCCACUCCAGCCCUCCCAGCCCCCCAGGCAACUGGAGCUGCUCAUAGCCAGGGUGACCUCCAGGAGGUGAGCCUCGCCGACAGCGCGGAGCCGGACCCUGCCGCACUCGAGAACUCCACGGCGCAGCAGAUCAUGCAGCUGCUGUGUGAGCUGCAGAGCCCCCAGGAGUACGCAGGCUUGAGCAAAAACCCCUGCAUCCCCUUCUUCUACCGGGCCGAUGACAACACCGGGGUGAAGAUCAUGGUGAUCUAACAACUUGACGCUGCCCUGGAGAAGUGGGGCCGGGGCUCUGUCCCCACCCGGUCCCCGCCACCCCGUCCCUGCCACUCCUAUUAUUAUGAUUCAAGAAUAAACUUAUUUAUUGAUAACAUAGGACAGAGAAAGGAGGCGGGGAUGGGGUCGAUUCGACUCUAUUUGUUUUAUUUCGGAAUAAAUGGA